AUGCGUCACCAAGUCUCCUCAUUCUACGGCCUUCGUGCCACUAACAAAACCGAGCACAUGCAAGGUAAUUCCGUUGAACUGGUGAAUAAGGCCUUAUCCCGAGACCCACCUGUAAUGGGAAUCGCCCUGUUCCUCGUAGGAAUGGUCGCCGUUAUUGCGCUUGCCGCAAUUAUCGUUGUUUGGGGUGGCCAGAUGAAGGCCUGGUUCAAAGGUGGUUGGAACUGCGACCCAGAGUCCGAUAUCGAGACGGCUGAGCCAUCCCAACCAAAGCAAACGUUCCUCAGUCAGCACCUAGAGACCCUCCGCGCCUUCAGCAAGCCAGAGCGUCCGGAUUCGAUGCAUAUGUCCGACUUCCAUUUCGCUCCGGAAGCUGCGCAUAUGAAGCCUUCCAAGUACAACAUCGACUGGUUUAAGAAUCAAAAAAGAAAAACUUCCCCGGGUAGUGCAAUAAACCCACUGUCGAAGAGAACAUGA